AUGGCAUUUCGAAGGAGGAAUUUGCCCAUCUCGGCGUAUUCUCCUCUGCUCACAUUUGUUCUCUUCCCCUUCCUCCUGUUUCUUUUCUGUCUUCCCGCACCUGCAUCGGCUGCCGGCUCAGCCGUCCUCGGAAUCGAUCUUGGAACAGAGUAUCUAAAAGCCGCUCUCGUGAAACCCGGUAUACCCCUCGAAAUCGUCCUUACAAAGGACUCGAAACGCAAGGAAUAUGCGGCGGUCGCCUUUAAGCCUUCCCGAGACGGAAAUGCGGCCUUCCCUGAACGAUUUUACGGCAGUGAUGCCAUCGCCCUCGCCGCUCGUUACCCCGAUGACGUCUACUCGAACCUGAAGACACUUCUUGGUUUACCGUUCGCGGAGGAUAGUGAUGCUGUUAAGUUAUAUAGGACGCGAUAUCCCGCUUUACAAAUUGAAGCCGCCGAGGGAGAUAGGGAUACUGUUGCGCUGCGUAGCCAGAGAUUGGGCACUGCUGAGCGCAAGGACGCUUUCUUAGUUGAGGAAAUUCUUUCCAUGCAGCUCAAGCAGAUCAAAGCAAAUGCCGAAACUCUAGCUGGCAAGGGUAGCACUAUCACGGACGCCGUCAUCACCUAUCCCGCUUACUAUACCGCUGAAGAGAGGAGAAGCGUUGAACUAGCCGCAGAAUUGGCCGGCUUGCAUGUGGAAGCCUUGAUCAGUGACGGUCUUGCCGUCGGCUUGAAUUAUGCCACUAGUCGAACUUUCCCUAGCGUGUCGGAUGGUGAACAACCAGAAUACCAUCUGGUCUACGACAUGGGCGCAGGUUCUACCACAGCUACUGUUCUACGUUUCCAAAGCCGAGCGGUGAAGGAUGUCGGUCGUUUCAAUAAGACCGUGCAGGAAGUCCACGUAUUGGGAGCGGGUUGGGACAGAACACUGGGAGGCGACGCAUUAAACGAUUUGAUUGUGGAUGACAUGGUCAGUAAAUUGGUUGAGAGCAAGAAACUUAAAGCUGGAACGACUGUCUCGGACGUUAGGGCUCAUGGAAAAACUAUGGCCAAACUGUGGAAGGAUUCUGAACGUAUCCGACAAAUUCUGAGCGCAAACACCGAAACUAGCUCUACUUUCGAGGGUAUCUACGAAGAAGACGUCACCUUCAAGUAUAAAAUCAGCCGAUCAGAGUUUGAGAAAUUGGCCAAAGAUCAGACUAUUAGAGUCGGAAAGCCGAUUGACGAUGCUCUGGAAGCAGCGGGCCUGAAGCUUAGUGACUUAGAAUCUGUCAUCCUCCACGGAGGCGCUAUCAGGACUCCGUUUGUUCAGAAGCAGCUCGAAAAACAAUGUGGGAGCGGUAAGCUGAGAACCAACGUGAAUGCCGAUGAGGCCGCUGUUUUUGGAGCAGCCUUCAAAGGCGCAGCAUUAAGCCCCAGCUUCAGAGUCAAAGACAUUCGUGCUGUUGACUCCGCCAGCUACGCCGUGAAGAUCAAGUGGGCGUCUGAUGGAAAAGAGCGGCAACAGAAGCUUUUCACUCCGACUUCUCAGGUUGGUAUUGAGAAACAGGUUACCGUGAAGAACCUGGAAGAUUUUGAAUUCAGCUUCUACCAGCAGAUCCCGGCUGGUGACGACGUAGUCGAAACCCCGGUGCUUAAUGUCGCCACACAGAACUUGACAGUUUCCGUCAACAAGCUCACCGAGAAAUUUGCUUGUGCACCUGUCAACAUCACCACGAAGCUCAAUGUACGUCUUAGUCCCAUUGACGGGCUUCCAGAGGUUACUGGCGCGUCUGUCAGUUGCGAAGUCGAAAAGAAAGCCAGCGUAGUCGACGAUGUCAAGGGCUUUUUUGGUCUAGGAAAGAAGGAUGACCAGAAGCCAUUGAAGGCAGAUGAUGAACCAACCGAGUCUGUCACACUUGAAGAUGAGGCUUCAACUUCAUCAGCAGCUGAAUCAUCAACCACCACCACUACUACGGCCUCGGCCAAGGAGACACCCAAGGCAGAAGCAGGACCUCGAAUUGAAAGUAUCGCUGUUGGUCUGAAGUCUUCGCCUUUGGGACGUCCUCCUCUAUCAACAACGCAAUUACAGCGGAUCCAGGACCGUCUAGCCGCGUUCGACGCGUCUGACCGAGAGCGCGUACAAAGAGAAGAGGCAUUGAAUGAGCUAGAGGCAUUCAUCUACAAGGCCCGUGACUUGGCUGAUGAUUCUGAAUUCCUAAAAGCCGUCAAAGAGGACCAACUUGCUCUUCUCAACGAACGUCUUGAAGCAGCAAGCGACUGGCUCUAUGGCGAUGGCACGGAUGCAAGCACAAAGGAUUUCAAGGAGAAACUUGCAUCAUUGACUGAGAUUGUCAACCCAGCAUUGAAGCGAAAGAAGGAAAACUCCGAACGUGGCGUCAAAGUACAGCUUCUACAGGAGAUGAUUAAUGGAGCAAAGUCCAUCCAAAGCAUUGUAGAAAUGCAGGUGCAGAGUGACGAGGAGAUUUUCACUUCUCUGCAAGCAGCUGAAAGCGAGUCGUCAACCAGCGAUUCUUCUACAUCUACCCCUACCACCACUGCCUCCGCUUCUGACAGUCUUGAGGAGGAUCCUUAUUCGUCAUCCAGUAGCUCGUCUACCAAAACAUCGGCAACCGCCAAACCCACCGCACCUACUUAUUCCAUCUACACUCCCCAAGAUGCCUCGUCCUUGAAAUCCACACUCGACUCAGUGAGCGCCUGGCUCGACGUACAGCUCGAAAUCCAGAAGACUCUGACCGAAUCCGACGACCCAGCAAUCACCGUGACAGACAUCGACUCACGACUCAAGGAACUCGAGCGUGUUUUACAGCGUAUAUACACCAAAAUGGGAGCCAAGACCGGCGGUAGCGGCGACUCUUCUUCUAAGAAGAGCGACGGAAAGAAGAAGGACAGCAGCAAGACGAAGACAAAAUCAAGGACCGAGAAGACGUCUACAAAAGCGAAGCCAUCUGCCAAGGAUGAGUUGUAA